AUGCUUCCACGCGCAGCCAGCAUCGACUCUAUAUCUUCCGCGGACCUGAAUUCGCCAGUGUCGCCUGCGAGCGUUGUGAGCGACUGGUCGGCUGGUAGAAAGCCACAGCUUGGACGAUGGCGACAUACGGUCGGCAUCAUUCUCUUGCUGGCCACGGUUUUCCUAUGGACGGCCUCGAAUUUCCUAGCGAGUACCAUCUUCGCCGACAACGAGUACUCCAAACCCUACUUCGUAACCUACACGAAUACCGCAUUCUUCAUAAUACCGCUUCUCCCUAUGCUCCUACGACACCUAUACGAUGACCGAUUCCGGAUGUCGACCUUACGAGAACUACUACAACGAAGAGUUGGGAAAUACAAGCUACUUCGAGAUCAUGAGGACGAAGAUGAUAACCUCUCCAAAUCGGAUGGGAGAAGCCAAAGUUCGCGGCGUAGCAGGUCUCCAUCCGCACAGAUGCUGUUAGAGGAGGAUAUGGGCAACUCACAGGAGUUGGGCGGCAGUAUUCAGAGCCAGCAGGCAGGCCUAACGUUGGCCGAAACAGCUAAGCUGAGCCUAGAGUUUUGUAUAUUAUGGUUUUUGGCCAACUAUUUCGCCGCAGCAUGUCUAGAAUAUACCACAGUGGCCAGUUCCACUAUACUGGCUUCGACAAGCAGCAUCUGGACCCUCCUCAGCGGCUCCGUGAUGGGUGUUGAGCGCUUUACUCUCAGGAAGCUCUUCGGAGUCUUUGCCUCCCUCGCCGGAAUUGCUCUAAUCUCGACUGUCGACGUCUCUGGUGAAAGCGACGAGAAUCGGGGAACGUUUCCUCAUAAAUCACCCCGCGAGUUGGCGAUUGGCGACUCGAUGGCUUUCUUCAGCGCCGUCUUGUACGGCUUUUAUGCGGUGCUCAUGAAGAAAAGAAUUGGGGACGAAAGCAAAGUCAACAUGCCUCUCUUCUUUGGAUUAGUCGGACUGUUUAACUGCAUACUUUUAUGGCCUGGCCUCAUCAUCCUACAUCUUACAGGGGUGGAGACAUUCGAACUUCCACCCACAAAUCGUAUACUCACCAUCGUCUUAGUCAACUCUGCAUCGUCUCUAGUCUCUGACUUCUGCUGGGCCUACGCGAUGCUUCUCACAUCGCCGCUGGUUGUGACCGUGGGCCUGAGCCUUACGAUCCCGCUUUCACUCGUUGGUCAGAUGAUCCUCGAUUCUCAGUAUUCUAGCGCGCUCUACUGGGUAGGCGCGGUCAUCAUGUUCAUCUCAUUCAUCUUUAUCAAUCACGAGGAAAAGAGAGACGAGAAUGAGCCACCUUUAUCGCAGUCUGGGCCCGGUCUGAUUGCAGCCUGA